AUGCCCCCUGGCGCCAAUUUCGUGGUGCUAACCAACUCGCCAAUCCUAAAGGCCCCGAAAAAGGCCAAAAGGAAUGCCGCCCUGAACAAAGACACCUCGAACCCAUCAAAGCAGAGCCUGCCUGAUAACAAAAGCCUUCGUAAGGUCUUCCCCCCGCGGAGCUUAAACCAAAACGCCAUAGCCGCCAUGGUCCUGUCCACUACAGCCGGAGACGCACCGCCCGCCAGCAAGUGGAAGACACGCAAGGAUUGCCGGACACUCUUUCUGAAGGAAUAUCGCACUUUGGACCUGGCAAAAGUGGCAUUCGACGAUCAGUAUAUUGGGUGCCGGGAAGAUAUGGAACAAGAGUUAAAUUCUAACGACAUUCUAUCUAAAGAAAAACAAAAAAAUAAAAUAUUCAGGCGAGCAUGGGAAGGAGCGGAAACCAUCUGGCAUACAAAAAAGAAAGCCACAGUAUUGUCCAGCCUUCCCCAGGGAUUCGAGGAUAAUCAUGGAAUCGCCUUAGUGGCCUACUCCGGAUUUAUCAGAAAACACUUUAAUGAUGCACUGAGAUUGGCUGGGAAAUCAUAUCAAUAUUAUAUGGAAGAUUUUCAUUUCAAAAGUCUUCACUAUUACCUGACUGUUGCUAUUCAGCUUCUAUCAGGCGAUAGCCAUAGCUGCCAAAAUCUCUUUUAUGAAGAUGAACUUGGGGUGAUGUUUGAACCUUCAAAUGGGUCAGACAUUGUCAAAUUUGGACAGUUUUUAUCUCCAUUCCUAGAUGAUGGAACUUCCUACAGCAACGAGAGCUUCACCCUUACAAGCUGCUUUGGGGUCCGCAUCCAGAACUUCUCACAGUACCCUCUAGAAAACACGGUGGUGGUCCCAGGGUAUGAAGUUUUCUACUUGGAGAAUAAGGGGUCUAUGUUUAGUCUAAAUAGCACUGGGAAAAAAUGCAGCAAUUACAACUGUGCUUACGUGAGAGGUGACAAAUCUAGAUUGUCAUUGGAUCCCUGCAUUUCUGGAUUGUCAUUGGAACGCAGCACUCCUAAAUUGCCAUUGGAUCGCAAAAGGGAUACUUCAGGCUCCACAGGAAUCAUGUCCAGCCCAAGAAACAUUUAUCUUCUCAUUGUAUUGUGUCUGGCUGCCGUCUACUUCCUUUAUACUUCUUAACAUGUGACUACUCAUUUAACCAAGCAAUAAAACAAAUCAUUCGUAUUUCACAGAUCUCAUAGGGUCACAUUAUGAAGAUUAGAAGAUGUAUCUGUGAUUUAUGAUACAUUCCCAGUAUCCCGGGCCAUCCCCGAGUACUGAAUACUGCAAAUUAAUCAAAUAUUGGAAUAUCUGUUGGCUUUGAUUACUGAUAAAUGUAAUGCUUCGUUCUAAUAAAUGGCUAAGGUUUAGGCAUUUACCAAUUCUGUGUCCAUCAGGGUUAUUAUUUACAUCAUAAAUUGGAGGGAAUUCAAGAGAAAUUCAAAGUAAAUGUCAAACGUUUGUCCAAAACAGCAGAUUUGGAAAAGUCAGGUCUGUUUUUAGUUUGGCUAUGUUGCGUAAAAUGUGAAAUUGUCUUUGAAUUCCCAACAAUUGACAGUUCAGUAACUGUCCAUGUAUUGACAUGAUAAUAUAACCCUGGCAGUUGGAGUACCGUUAGGACUGGAUUGAGAAUCAAUGCUCUAUAGAUCUAGAAUUGGAGUGAUUUUAAUAAUGGCGUCUACUGUUCGAAUCUUUAUAUUUCUAAAUUUUCAUUUGAGUCCAGGAGACUUGAUUUGUCCUGUUACAUUAUUAGUGCAGAUUAGUGCUCACUAAUGUUUUUAAGAUUACGUUAUCAAAGUCAGUAUCUUCUCUUUGUUUUAUGAUUGAAGAAUUGUAACAAUGCAAAGUUUUGUGGACCCAGGACAUACUUGAAAACGAGAGAAAUCUCAAUGUAUCUUUCCUGGUAAAAUAUUUUAUAAAUAAAUAAAUAUAGGGCUCUCAGACAGUGAGUUUGAUGCAAGUACAGGUGAAAAUUAUUCAGGAAAGGGAACUUUUACUUGAAAUGCAUUGUUUUAGCAGAUAUUGUGUUUUUGUAAAAUAUCAGCAUUUGUGUGUAAUUACUAAUAAAUAAGGAACUGUUGUUUUAUAGUUUUUAUGUGGCCGAUUUAUAUAUUCAUAGUUUUGUAAAUGUUUA